CUGGUUGGCUUCAAAGAAAUUAGCGGUUUUUAUUUUUAAAAUUUUAUUAUUAUAAUGAACUUCUAUUUUGUGUUUUCUUAAAUGAAGAUCUGAGUCCAGAAGUUUUAGAUUAUUGAGUUUUACAGUUCAUAUCCCGUCAUCAUUCCGCGUUUACGUGUCUCUCUCUCUCUAUUUCUCUUCUCUUUGUUGGAUUGCUACUGUGGCCGGUGAUGUUUCCUAAUCAGAUCUACAUUUGGUUUCGUACAGGCAUUCAUGCUGUCUCUUCGAAGAUCGUGAACCGCAGGGGGUUGGUGUUUUUGGUGAAAUGGAGAGUGGGACAUUUGUAAUGUUAGAGGAAAUAAUUCUUCGCAAAUUGAGGAACCUCUACGGAUUCUUUCAAGAUAAGAUCAUGAGUUGCUGAACUCGGACAAUGCCUUAAGAUCGAAGGUUUUAUGUUUUGGAUGCUGUGAGCUUGAGCCAGAAACUGGUCUAGUCCGAAUGGCGUCGGCAGAGAGGAGGCGUAAUAAUCAUCAUCAUAAUCUUGUUCCACUUGCGGCCUUGAUCAGCAGAGAGAUGAAGAGCGAGAAGAUGGAGAAGCCUAGUGUCAGAUAUGGUUCCGCUGCCCAAUCUAGGAAGGGGGAGGACUAUUUCCUGGUGAAGAUAGAUUGUCAAAGAGUCCCCGGGAAUUCUUCAUCUACUUUUUCUGUAUUCGCUAUUUUUGAUGGGCACAAUGGGAAUGCUGCCGCUAUCUUUACAAGGGAAAACUUGUUAAAUCAUGUACUGAGUGCAGUACCCCGAGGGCUUGGACGGGAUGAGUGGCUUCAAGCAAUACCUCGGGCAUUAGUUGCUGGAUUCGUGAAGACUGACAAGGAAUUCCAGAGCAGAGGUGAAACUUCUGGAACCACUGCUACUUUUGUAAUAGUAGAUGGUUGGACUGUGACAGUUGCAUCUGUAGGAGACUCACGUUGCAUUUUGGAUGCUCAGGGUGGUGCCAUCUCCAUCUUGACUGUUGAUCAUAGGCUGGAGGAAAAUGUGGAGGAGAGGGAACGUGUUACUGCUAGUGGAGGUGAGGUUGGGCGGCUCAGCAUUGUUGGUGGUGCUGAGGUUGGUCCCCUCCGUUGUUGGCCAGGGGGUUUGUGCCUUUCAAGGUCCAUUGGGGACAUGGAUGUUGGGGAGUUUAUAGUUCCGAUACCAUACGUUAAACAAGUGAAGCUAUCAAAUGCUGGGGGAAGGCUUAUGAUUGCUUCUGAUGGUAUCUGGGAUGCACUAUCUUCUGAGAUGGCUGCAAAAUCUUGCCGUGGUUUGCCAGCAGAGCUUGCUGCUAGGCAAGUGGUGAAGGAAGCAUUGAGGACAAGAGGGCUGAAGGAUGAUACGACCUGCAUUGUUGUUGACAUAAUUCCUCCAGAUGUCUCAGCACCCCCUUCACCCACUCCAAAAAAGCAAAAUAAGUUUAAAUCUCUCAUCUUCAGGAAGAGGUCCCGUGAUUCUGCCGAUAAACUAGCAAAAAAGCUGUCAGCUAUAGGCAUAGUGGAAGAGCUAUUUGAAGAAGGCUCAGCAAUGCUUGCAGAAAGACUUGGGAAUGACUCAUCGGCAGGACAGUCAACAUCUGGCCUUUUCACAUGUGCUGUUUGCCAAGUUGAUCUAGCCCCAAGCGAGGGGAUUUCCGUUCAUGCUGGUUCGAUUUUCUCCACCAGCUCAAAGCCCUGGCAAGGUCCAUUUCUCUGUGCUGACUGCCGUAACAAGAAGGAUGCCAUGGAAGGAAAGAGGCCUAGUGGAGUCAAAGUAUUAUAAUUUUUGUAAUUUUUCUCUCAUAUUCUUUCCUCCUCUCCCCUCCCUUGUAUUUGUUCUUCUCAUGGCCCGUUUUUCUUGGCCAUUCCAUUAUUUGGAGCUCUCACUAUAAUAAUGUAUUCCAUGUGUAUGUAAUAUUAACAAUUGUGGCAUCUUGAGAGAGUUACUUCAAUUUUAUCCUCUUCCUUUCUACUUUUCAAGGUUGAAAUGUAACAUGGAGCAAAGAUCAACAAUGAACAUCUUCUUUU